AUAAAACCGCCUCAAUCCCCCCCGAAACAAAAACAGUCCGUACAGACAGGCAGGCAGGCAGGCAGACGGACAGGCGGACACCCAGCUGCUGACAGCGGACAGACAGCACCCCGAGCUCCCCGCCGAACCUCACCGGGAACACCGGAGCCGCCGCCGGUUGAAGCGCUCGGUCACUCACCGGAGAGGAGGGGCUCAGCCGCUGGAUCUCCAUCCCGACGCAUCUGCGCAGCUCGCGGCCACCAAGAGGCAGGAGAAGAAGAAGAAGAAGGGAGAAAAAAACAGAAGAAAAACAAAAAACAUAAACACAAACGCACCGUGCCUGCUUCCACCAAAAUGCCGUUUUCCGUUAACGGCAUCCUGUGCACGCUCGCGCUGCUGCUGCUGUGGCGGGCGGAGGAGCUCGCGGAGGCGUGCAGCUGCGCUCCGGUUCACCCGCAACAGGCUUUCUGCAACGCCGACGUGGUGAUUCGAGCGAAGGUGGUGGGAGAAAGAGAGGUGGAUUCUGGGAACGAUAUCUACGGGAACCCCAUCAAGAGGAUCCAGUAUGAGGUCAAACAGAUAAAGAUGUUCAAGGGUCCUAAUCAGGACAUCGAGUCUGUCUUCACCGCUCCUGUGUCGGCCGUAUGUGGCGUUACCCUGGAUGCCACCGGCAAGAAGGAGUAUUUGAUCUCAGGCAAAGCCGAGUCCGGCGGGCAAAUGCACGUGACCCUGUGCGAUUACAUCAUGCCCUGGGACUCCUUGAGCACCACCCAGAAGAAGAGCCUCAGCCAGCGCUACCAGAUGGGCUGCGACUGCAAGAUCGUGCGCUGUCCCUCCCUGCCCUGCGAGAUCUCGGCCCCCGAGGAGUGCCUGUGGACGGACCUGAUGAUCGAGAAGCAGGUGCACGGCCGCCAGGCCAACCACUACGCCUGCGUGAAGCGGGCGGACGGCUCCUGCUCCUGGUACCGCGGCGUGGCGCCCCCCAAGAAGGAGUUCCUGGACGCCGAGGACCCUUAGUCGCACGCGGCGCCGCGCGCGACCACCCACUGCACAGCCUGACCGAGAUAAAUGUAAACAAUUUAUUAGAUUUUUUUUUUUUUUUUUUUUUUUUGGGAAGCAUCAUCAGGCAAAAGGGAUUUUGAUAAUUACAAAAAAAAAAAAAAAAAAAAAAAAAAAUUAAAGUGAAAAUGACUGAAAUUAGCGGCCGGUCUGAAAACAGCCUCCCGCCUGCGGCUCCGUCGGCGGCCGCUGAGCGCAGAGAGGUCGUUUUCAGACACGGCGUCGUUUUCAGACACGGCGUCUCUGUCAAAGCGUUAAAUAAGCAUCAUGAGACAUAGACUGGUCGAGUGAUGAUGUAAGUUCCUCCUGAGGCUGGCGUCAGGAGGACAUCAAUUCUCGGCGAGGCGCAGCUCGUCUUCGCCCCACGGAGCUCCGCUCUCCGCCAAUCAGUCCCGAACUCUCCAGACGAUCGCCCGCGGCCCGUCGUGUUUCUGCGUUUAUUACCUCAUUCUCCAUUCGAGUCCAAAGCCAAAUUCCAGGUUGCCUUUGUUUUUCCUCCUUCUUUCUUUGACUCCCUGCCCGUCUCUGAGCGCCGCCAACAGUUAAUGUCUUUCUCAUUUUCUCUGCCGGGAGCUGCUCAGCCGCCGGUGACGUCGCACGCCCGCAAACGCGCUCGCUUUAAAAAAUAAAGAAUGAUUCAUCUCGCGUGGCUUGAUGAUCUUUCCUGGUCUCGCCGGGUGGAGAUCGCUCAUUCGCGGGCCUCACUGGACCAGUCUAUGCUGCGUGAAGACGAUCACUCCAAAUUCAAAAACCUCAGAGCCCCCAAUCCGAUCCGCCCAAUCAGACUUCUGCCUCCCGCUCUCUUGUCGUCUUCAGCCCUUCACUCCUUGGUUCUUGUUAUGUAGCUGUACAGUACCUAUGCAUAUACUUCUGUUGUUACUUGAUAACUAUGAUUUUAAAUAACAUUAGGACUAGAUUUGCACUUUUUGAGGAUGAGUUCCAGUAAAGACAAGAGCCUGAACACUCUGACGUGACAGUUGCUAUCGUUCGCCCCGACCGACAGAUCCACCUCAGGUGCAGAUUUCGCCUAUUUUUGAGUGCUUUUGGUGAUCCGUAUUCACAGACGCAAGCUAUUUUUCUUUUUUAUUUGUUGCUGUCAUCACAGAUAAAAUAGCGUUUGCAGAGAGGAAAACAAAAAAAAAACAAACAAACGUGGACGUGUGAGAGGAUCGGUCACAAAGGGAUCUUUUUGCAGAUUUUAUGUGGAAGCAACAAAAACGUUGUUCUUUCGGUGUCUUUGUGUUUUAUCUGUCGAUUGUAAAUGCAAACAGCAGUCCGGUUUGCCGAUAUAUUCUCGCAGACGGUUCACUUCAUGAGUAAAUUUAAAAAAAAAAAAAAAAGGAAAGAAAAACGGUCUUUACACGCUUAAUGUUCGCUUUGACUCGUCUUUACUGCUCCUUCCAGUUAUUAAUGAAAGCUUUAUCGCUGUCCUAGAAAGCAAGUUACUCAAUCAAAGUUUACAGUGCUGUUUUAUACACCUCAACCUACAUUAACACAAAAAAUAUAUAUAUGAUGGAUUAUUAAAGGCAUAAUUUAAAAGUAGACUCUUUCCAGUUUCCAUUACUUUGUAUUUUUUCAGUGUUAUUAUUAUACCUGUCGAGAUUUUUGUGUGUUUUUCGCUGUCAUUGUCUACGAUGUCUUUAGCUGUAGUGUCGAGUCGAGAAGGUCCUCUUCUCCGCGCUGGAGUAACGUGAGAGUGAGAGCGAUUCAAGCCUUUUUUUCCGGAGAGGGGUGGAGAACUGAGAAAUGGGUACCUUUGUGUGAAUAGAGGACUGUGCAUGUGUUUGAUGCUUCGUGUAAGUCCGGCCGAAGGACUAAAUAUUCAGUAUUAUCAAUAAAAAAA